CCGCCGCUGGCCAGGGUGCUGGAUACGACAGGCCGGUCGACCGCUUCGCCAGCUCAGGCACCCGUUGCAGCUGCCGCGGCUUCGCUCCCAGCCCGGUCCUCAUGGAAGAGAUGGAAGAAGAGUUAAAAUGCCCUGUGUGCGGCUCCUUUUAUCGGGAGCCCAUCAUUCUGCCCUGCUCUCACAAUUUAUGUCAAGCGUGCGCCCGCAACAUCCUGGUACAGACCCCGGAGUCUGAAUCCCCCCAGAGCCGUCGGGCCUCGGGCUCCGGGGUCUCCGACUAUGACUAUCUGGACCUGGACAAGAUGAGCCUGUACAGCGAAGCAGACAGCGGCUAUGGUUCCUAUGGGGGUUUCGCCAGUGCCCCCACUACCCCGUGCCAGAAGUCCCCCAAUGGCGUCCGCGUGUUCCCCCCGGCUAUGCCGCCACCGGCCACCCACCUGUCACCGGCCUUGGCCCCGGUGCCCCGCAACUCCUGUAUCACCUGCCCCCAGUGCCACCGCAGCCUCAUACUGGAUGACCGGGGGCUCCGCGGCUUCCCCAAGAACCGCGUCCUGGAAGGGGUAAUUGACCGCUACCAGCAGAGCAAAGCCGCAGCCCUCAAGUGCCAGCUCUGCGAGAAGGCGCCUAAGGAGGCCACCGUCAUGUGCGAACAGUGCGAUGUCUUCUACUGCGAUCCAUGCCGCCUGCGCUGCCACCCGCCCCGAGGGCCCCUAGCCAAGCACCGCCUGGUGCCCCCGGCCCAGGGCCGCGUGAGCCGGCGGCUGAGCCCGCGCAAGGUCUCCACCUGCACAGACCACGAGCUGGAGAACCACAGCAUGUAUUGCGUGCAGUGCAAGAUGCCUGUGUGCUACCAGUGCUUGGAGGAGGGCAAACACUCCAGCCAUGAAGUCAAAGCUCUGGGGGCCAUGUGGAAACUGCACAAGAGCCAGCUCUCCCAGGCGCUGAACGGACUAUCAGACAGGGCCAAAGAAGCCAAGGAGUUUCUGGUGCAGCUCCGCAACAUGGUCCAGCAGAUCCAGGAGAACAGCGUGGAGUUUGAGGCUUGUCUGGUGGCCCAAUGUGAUGCCCUCAUCGAUGCCCUCAACAGAAGGAAAGCCCAGCUGCUUGCACGUGUCAACAAGGAGCAUGAACACAAGCUGAAGGUGGUUCGAGAUCAGAUCUCUCACUGCACAGUGAAAUUGCGCCAGACCACAGGUCUCAUGGAGUACUGCCUGGAGGUCAUUAAGGAAAAUGAUCCUAGUGGCUUUUUGCAGAUUUCCGACGCCCUCAUAAGGAGAGUGCACCUGACUGAGGACCAGUGGGGGAAAGGCACGCUCACUCCCAGGAUGACCACGGACUUCGACCUGAGUCUGGACAACAGCCCUCUACUGCAAUCCAUUCACCAGCUCGACUUCGUGCAGAUGAAAGCUUCCUCUCCAGUCCCAGCAACCCCUAUCCUGCAGCUGGAGGAGUGUUGUACUCACAACAACAGCGCCACGCUGUCCUGGAAACAGCCACCUUUGUCCACGGUGCCUGCUGAAGGCUACAUUCUGGAGCUGGAUGACGGCAAUGGUGGUCAGUUCCGGGAAGUGUAUGUUGGAAAGGAGACGAUGUGCACCGUGGACGGUCUUCACUUCAACAGCACAUACAACGCUCGCAUCAAGGCCUUCAACAAAACAGGAGUCAGCCAGUACAGCAAGACCCUGGUCCUCCAAACGUCUGAGGUGGCCUGGUUCGCUUUCGACCCCGGCUCGGCACACGCUGACAUCAUCUUCUCCAAUGACAACCUGACCGUGACCUGCAGCAGCUACGAUGACCGGGUGGUGCUGGGGAAAACCGGCUUCUCCAAGGGUGUCCACUACUGGGAGCUAACCGUGGAUCGCUACGAAAACCACCCUGACCCCGCCUUCGGCGUGGCUCGCAUCGACGUGAUGAAGGAUGUGAUGUUAGGGAAGGACGACAAAGCCUGGGCAAUGUAUGUGGACAAUAACCGGAGCUGGUUCAUGCACAACAACUCGCACACCAACAGAACCGAGGGAGGGAUCACCAAGGGGGCCACAAUCGGGGUCCUCCUCGACUUGAACAGGAAAACCUUGACCUUUUUUAUCAACGACGAACAGCAGGGUCCCAUAGCUUUCGAGAACGUGGAAGGCCUGUUCUUCCCGGCGGUCAGCCUGAACAGGAAUGUGCAGGUCACGCUUCACACCGGGCUCCCAGUCCCUGACUUCUACUCCAGCAGAGCAUCAAUAGCCUAAGGAUGGGCUGUGGAGGCACCA